AUGGCGCCGCUGAACGACAUGUCGGCGCCCGGCACCGCCUCCUACGAGUCCGAUACCAUGGAGGUCGGUGACGGGACAUGGGACUUCACCAAGAAUGACUUCCUCCUCCCAAACCUCGUUGGUCUCAACUUCGAGACCAUGCAAUACAAUGCAUCCUCCUUCCUCACCUCUUUAGGCAUGGGCAAUCGUUUUUCGACUCUCGCACAAUACCACACACUCAUCAAGGCCCACGGCAUAAUAGGCGCCAUCGUCUUCCUCUUCAUCGUUCCCAUAGCCAUCUUCUACGCCCGCUUCUACACCAAACGCCCGGGCUAUGCCAUCCGAUACCACGCCUACCUCCAGAUCCUCGCCGUCCUCUUGACCACCGUCGUCUUUGUUCUCGGCUGGUUCUCAGUCGGCCCAGAGCGGAGCCUGACGAACCCACACCAUGGCAUUGGCGUGGCCAUAUACACCCUGAUCCUCCUGCAGAUCAUCGGAGGGCGCAUAAUCAAGAACAUCAGGGGUCGUUCGCUGAGGGUCAUGCUGCACCAGUGGUUCGGCCGGACCAUUGCCCUGCUGGGAAUCGCCCAGGUCCCACUUGGCCUGACUCUCUACGGGUCCCCGAAGUACACAUUCAUCCUCUUCGCCGUCUGGAUGGCUUUCCUGGUGUUCCUCUACUUCGUACUCGAGUACCGCGCCUACGACCGACCAGACUACGUUGUCCGUGAGGGAAGAUCCGAGAUCGUCCACUCGGAGCGCAAGUCCAGUGGGGGAGGUUCACGCUGGCUCGGCCCCCUCGCGGCCGGCGGUGCCGCAUGGGCUCUGCUGCGUGGCCGCAAGAGGGAGCGGUCUCGAAGCAGGAGCCGCAGCCGCUCACGCGCGUCCCGCCUCCGCAGCCGAAGCCGAAGCCGUGCCCCAGAGGUCAUCCCAUCUCGACGUGCUAGCUACGUCGAGGAUGAGAAGUACACCGAUCGCUACAGUGAACGGCCGAGGAAAAGCACCGACGAACACGGUGGCGGCUUCAUGAACAAGUUCCUCGGCGUCGGAGCUGGGCUGGGAGCUGGUGCGCUCAUCGGCCGCAUGAUGGGCAAGAGAAAGCGCGGGGUCGACGACGACGAGUAUUCGGCUGUGGCAACCGACACGCCCAGCAGGAGACGUCCGUCGAGGUCCGGCAGGAGGCACGGCGGCACGGUUUAUAGCGACGAGAGCGAGGAGUAUCACAGAGAUGGGCACAGGUCACCUUUACUACCCGGUCCGGGUGGUCCAUCAGCAAUGGCAGCAGCUGUGAGCGCAGCCGAGGCUCGGCCGGGGGCUCGGAGAUCAUCGAGACCCAUCACUCCGCCACCUUCUCAUCGCCGGGGAGAUCCGAGGCUCGAAAGUGUGGUAGACUCUGACUACUCGUCAUAUGUCAGCCCAUCGAGACGGGAACGGGUGGCCAGCCAUUCGGGCAGAGGGGCUGCGGAGAAAGGUCUACUCGCAGGGCUGGGUUUGGGCUGGUUCGCCAAGAAGAUGAGAGAUCGACGGGAGCAGAAGGAGGAGGACCGUAUGAGGAUUGAGGAAGAGGAGAGGCGUACAGGGCGCCACAGUCCGAGGUACACAGGAGAUGGAUACUCGCCGCGCAGGGACUCACGGCGGGGCUACCGGCCACCACCGACAGCGUCAGGGCCUGCACCUCCGCCGGUCGGCCAGUACGCCAAUCUAGUGUCUGCGCCUGCGCCAGGCGUCAUACCAGUGCCAAUGGAUGGCGGAACACAUUCUCGAACGCACUCUCGCCAGAGUAUUGUCGAAAUGCCUCUGAUGCCCUCUGACCCACAUGGCGUCUUACACACGGCUAAGUCGUCAGAAAGCGAAUCAUACCUGUCCCGGAGAGACAGGCGGUCCGAGAGUCGUCGCAGGGCAGGCGACGACGCGGCUGCAGCAGCGGCCGCAUCGGCCGGGAUCCUUGCAGCAGAGCAGGAGGCACAGCGCCGAGCGGAGUCGGACCGUGAAACGUCGAAAGACAGGACACCGCCGGUGAGCGUCAAGGUCAAAGUGCACGACGACAAGGACCGGAACGUGACGCUGCGCCGCCUCACCGAGGAAGAGGCUCUUGCAGCCCGGCGAGCGCGGAGGCGACGCACCGAGUCGAUGAGCAGUCUCUCCGGGAGCGAAGCACCAGGGGGCUCCUCUCGAACGAGGUACAGGCGUGACACGAGCCGCCGGCGGGCGGCAGAGGAGGGGGCCGAGAGCGCAGCGGAAUCGUCACUGUCACCGCUGCCGCAGCCGACAACUGCGUUCGCGGGCGGCAAGAAACCCAAGGACUCAGCGUAUUACUCGGGGCAGCCUCUCCAGCAGUUCGGACCAGCAGCUCAUGGCCAGUACCCCCAGCGCCGGCCCAACGGCCUGUGGCGAGGGUCCUCUGCCAUGGUCAUGGGUCUCACGGGCACGCUCUCCAAGGGCUUCCUCAACGGCCUCAACGAGGUCCAGACAACCGGGCUCGACAACUUUGUCAAGCUGCUAGACAGCCGUGAGGAUCCAUUUCGGAGGCAGAGAGGUCUCAUCACAGUCAGCAACCACAUGUCAGUAAUCGACGACCCUAUAAUAUGGGGCGUCCUCCCCCUCCGCAUGGCGUUCCAGCCCUGGAACCUCCGCUGGAGUCUCGGCGCCCACGACAUAUGCUUCAAGAACAGGCUGCUGAGCACCUUCUUCACCCUCGGCCAGGUGCUACCCACCCACCGCGCCCUGCACUCCCAGCACGCGGGCCUCUACCAGCCCACCAUGACCCAGGCCGUCCGCCUGCUGUCCGCGUACCCCUUCAAGACCACCGGCGAGCACACGGCCCUCGCGCCCGAGCAGCCCCGGACCGUCACCGCGCAGUCCCUGCUGCAGGACCUGCGCGACCCCUUCUCCGAGGGCAGCCUGACCUUCAGCACCGACGGCCGCGACGUGCACACGGCGCCCUCGGCCUUCCUGUCCAACCGCCACGCCUGGGUGCACAUCUUCCCGGAGGGCCUGGUGCACCAGCACGCGCAGAGGCAGCUGCGCUACUUUAAGUGGGGCGUCGCGCGGCUCAUCCUCGAGGCCGAGCCCAUGCCCGACAUGGUGCCCAUGUUCAUCGACGGCACCUCGGACAUCAUGAACGAGAACCGCACCUGGCCGCGCGCCGUCCCGCGCCCGGGCAAGAAGGUCCACGUCGCGUUCGGCGACAGGGUCGACAUGGAGGCCGCGUUCGGCGACUUGCGCCGGCGCUGGAAGGCGCUGGUCAAGAAGGCGAUGGAGGCGCGGGAGGCCGAGAUCGCAGCCGCAGAGAGGCUCGCCGAGGCGGCCAACGGCGCCUCCACCACCAGCGCUGCCAAGGCCGCCGCUUCCGAGUCCAACUCGGGCAGAACGGGCAUCGUCGCCGCGCUCCCGAGGCGGUCGCCCGUCGCGAAGCCCGAUGUCCUCCGCGUGGGCGACCUCCCCGAGGAGCUGAGGAACAGCAGGGAGGCGGAGCAGAUUCGGGUCGAGGUGGCGCUGCGGGUGCGCGACGAGGUGCUGAAGCUGCGGAAGAGCCUGGGGUACCCGGACGAGGACCCGGCGUGGGGGCUGGGGAUGGCGGAGACGUGGGCGAAGGACCCGAAGAACACCAAGAGGAGCCCCGUGGACGGGAGCGCGGAGAAGCCUAGCACGUGA